UGGUGGAGGUGGCAACCAGUCACCUGAUUGGUCAAUUUGGAGGGAGAACGUUUGCAUGCAUGUCUGGCUCCUCCCUUUCCUCUUAAGCGGGAGUUGCCCGCAGGAAGUGUCUACUUUACUCUAGCCCCUUCAGGUGGAAAACAAACAGACCAGAAUUGACUGUCCGCCAUCUUCUUUCGCUGCUGCCUGUUAAGUCGUUGCCCUUCUGCUAGAUCCUCUUCUUCAUUCUGAACUCCAAAGGUUGAAAUACCAAGACUCUGUCUUUUGUCCUCUUUUUUUCUUAAGGAAGCUGAAUCUAGAACAUUCUGAGGAAAGCAUCUGGAUUUCAGUUGUUCUUGUCAGCAGACCCUUGAAGUCCAGGAACUCUCUCAAACUAUCCUAGAGAAAUUGAGUAACAGAGAAGACACACUUCAAGUGGCAGGAUGAAAUGGAUGAUCGGGAACUACAUAAGUAGAAGCCACUAAAACCAGGGAUAUUUCUGAUCAUUAUCUGGUCUCACUUUAAAUUUACUUUCCUCAGGUCUCUUUGCAAGGAGUUUAUAGACCCGUAACUGCAAUCAACUGCAAUCCUGUCAUACCUUCAUGAUGUUUUCCUUGGCAAGAUAUGCAUUCAGUAGUCUCAAGAUUUGGAGAAUUCAGCAAAUUAUGGCAAGACAGAGUCACAUAAAACAAUCACCAGAUUUUCAUGACAAAUAUGGCAACAUAGUACUAGCUAGUGGCACCACUUUCUGUGUUGUUGCAUGGGUGUUUUUAACUACACAGACGGGGAUAAAAUGGAGCCCAUCUCCUGUCGGCAGAGUUACCCCCAAAGAGUGGAAUAAUCAGUAACCAUCACUAUUAUUAUAAUUCAGAAUUGUUUCAAAGCCAAUUUGUCUUUUGAGUACUGUUGCUCAUUACAAUGUAUAUGCUUGAAAAAAAUAAAAUCUUUAAAGUCAUA